AUGGACAUAUCUCAGCUUUCCAAACAGCUGUCGCCUCUACCAAAAAGAUUUCCUGAUUGUUGUUUGGCAAUCUCUACGUCCUUAAUCGUCUACUUGGCUUCACUCUUGCCGAAGAACCCCGGCUUCACCGUCUCAAUCGGAAGCGGAUCUGGUCUCCUUGAAAGUCUCAUUGCAUAUGGCGAUGAUAACACCUCAGUUGAGGGAGUUGAAGUCAACUCUACCGUCAAUCGCUAUAUUGCCGAGGAGCAUAUGCAUGUUGUCGGUGGGGCAUGGGGACUCUAUCCAGGUAUUGAAAAGGCGGCAGCGUGGAUGUUUGUCUACCCGCGCGAUCCGAAGCUAAUCACCAAGUAUAUUGAUACAUAUGGUGAUUGUGCGGUUGAGUUUAUUGUUUGGCUAGGGCCUAAAAUAGACUGGGCUGACUUCGAGCCAUGCUUUCGCGAUUCGACAUUCUCUGAGCUGAGUUGUCCAGAAAAUAUCGGACUGACUCCUUACGAGAAAAUGGUGCUCGCUAAAAGAUCGUCCUGA